AUGACAGACGCUGGUGCCUAUCGGGAUGCGGAAUACAUCGCUGACGUGUCCGGCAUAUCCUAUGAUGAUGCGGAGCCCCCAAGGCCAACAGGCACGCUCAGCAGCCAAAACGCCCGCGUGAAGAAAGUCAAGUCGACUGCCAGAGUCGCCUUUAUUGAUCGAUUGCUACGCGAUCUCGACAUAUUAAUUUAUUGUCAACUUUCCGCCCUGUAUUACAUGGACUGCUCGAUUAUCCUAUUUGCCUUACGUGCCAUGGUCGAAUUGAUCUUCUUCACGCCAAAAGCACCCCCCUUUGAGCCCACACGCAAUCAACCGUUUGUCAGUGCCAUCAUCGGCAGUAAUCUCAUCUGCAUGCUCUUCCAUGCGUUCCUGAUUCGUCCCGAGGCUGGCGAGGAAACACGCGGCUACCUACAUGGGGGACUGUUCAUCGAUUUUAUUGGGCAGGCUCCUGUCUCUGCUUAUCGACUUCUCUCGUUCGACCUUUUAAUCCUUCUCAUCGAUUUUAUCAUGCUGGGCUUGAUUAUCGAGCGGGUGAAGACUAAUGGAAUCCCCGCCCCGUCGCCUACAGCACCAAAUACAGAUACAACCACAGACACAACCACAGAUAUAAACCCAGGCGCGGAAGAGUCCGUGCCACAAGACCAUGAUGCCGAAGAGCGCGGCGUUCUACUACAAGAAGAUGGCGGUGAAAGAAUGCCCCCCGCUCAUCAUGGUUCUGAUUCAACCCACAGUAGCGGGAUCGACGAAGAGGCUGAAGAAGAGCGCACGACGCUCUUGGCUGAUCCGGCCGAUGCUGAGACUGGCAGCGGUGCUCGGGGCGAACACCCCAUGGAUACAUUCGCCGCUGGCGAGGCUGUCAUUGUCAAUAUGAGCUUGCUUGGUACAAUUCGUGAUCAGAUGCGCCAUUCAAAUGCGCAAGCACGGCCGACGUCAGGCUUUGUACCGUCUCCUGAAACGGCAACGUUCCUGCGGCGCCGCUUUGGUCUCCAGGUUGGGACUAAUGGUCGCAUUGAACGUGCGAAUAUAAUGUGA